UCGUCCACUGAGUUGUAGCAUUUGUCCCUACUUCCUGGUAUUUUCCUACACGGUGCCUGUCCGCAUUAACCGGCAAUUAAAAAGAAAAAUAUCUUCUGCCAGUGGCAGCGUAGACAUGCGGGACGACGGGGCAUCCGUUGCGGUCUUUAGAGAGCAGUUCACUUCUCUCAAAGCGGCGUUGGAUGCUGCACUGUGCGAGUUCGCCGAUUCGGUUGACAGUCGCUUCUUGGAUUUCCAACUGGAGAAAGAAAAGGAAAUCGAGAGCUUAAAGCAGGAGCUGGAAAGCUCCCGCAGUGAAGUGCGAUCGCUGCUGUGCCGAACGAGAGUCGCCCACAGGAUAGCCAGCCAGUCCCAUACAGACCGAAGUGCGAAGGACGCGACUAGAGAUCGCGGAACCGAAGAAGGACUUGGGGUCCGUCAUUACCAGACGGAUCCUCCGAGGACACAGCAGUCGGGGCAGACUGAAUUAGUUGAUGAGUCCAAAUGGAGGCACAAUUCAUCGCUCAUACUACCCGAGUGGGAGCGGAUAGUCAGCGAGUGUGUGACAGACAGGCCGGCUUGGGAUAACAAAGAAGCUCAAGAGCCUUCAGGAAAAGAAAUGGGUCACACGAAAGACAAAAGUUUGGACCAAACCUUUGCUGUCGCUGUUCAUGACCCUCAGGAGGUGGCCGCUUCUCACUGCGUUGACACAGAUGACUCAAAAGUGGACUUUGCUUACCUUGUGCAAGAUAGGAAAGGCCUAAACAAGGACAUUAUUAAAAAAGAGUUUUCUGAAACAGACAGCAAUGUAGACGUGGUCUCCGAUGUGCCAUCCUUGGAUCCUCCAGUUCAGAACGAUCCUGAAACGUAUCCAGUUAUUCACCAAGUGUUGAUGGAGGGAAAUGCCAAAGUGGAUUAUAGACAAGGUGGAGAGCUUCCAAAUGAUGACAUAACCGAUGAGAGGUUUACAUCCAGGGCCAUCAACAUUCAAAAUAAAAUGUUUUACUGUUCUGUAUGCGGAAAGAGCUUCAACAAAAAAGCCAAUAUGCAGAGACACCAGAGAAUCCAUACAGGGGAGAAGCCAUAUACUUGCUCUGAAUGUGGGAAGACCUUCACUUGGAUUGAAGCCCUCAGAGCCCACCACCGAAUUCACACAGGCGAGCGGCCCUACAGUUGUUCUCAGUGUGGGAAGGCCUUCAGUCGGAUAGACAACCUUAAAACGCACCAGAGGAUUCACACGGGGAAAAAGCCGUAUAGCUGCACCGAAUGUGCAAAGAGCUUCAGGCACAUAUCCACGCUGAAACGUCAUGAGAGGAUUCAUGCAAGCCAGAAGACUUACAGCUGUACGGUCUGUGGGAAGGUCUUUGUUCAUUUCAUUGACUUUAUGAAGCACCAGAGAAAUCACGGCGGGGAGAAUCCUUUGACAGAAUCCACAAGAUCGUUUAGAGUGGCUAGCCAUCUUAAAAUGCCCCAAGCAAUUCAUAAUGGAGAGAAGCCGUAUUGCUGUGCACAGUGUGGGAGGACAUUUAGGUACAUGUCCAACUGGAUGCAUCACGAGAGAUGUCACGCAGGAGGGAAACAGUGACACUUGGAUUUUCUGCAUGAUAACACUAGGCAACAAAGAUUUUGCUUCCUGAACAAUUUUUGAUGUAUCUUAUGUUUUUUGACCUGCUGGUCACAAAAAUCAUCUUUAAAUGUUCCUAUCACAACCA